AAACGUCUCCUCGUAAAAGCCGCAGUAGAAGAUGGCUACGACGCUGCAUGAAUUCACGCAGGUUCUGGAUCCUAAGAUGUUCCCCAGAGUGCUUCAGAUCCAAUCAGGAAUAUAUUGUCAAGGCUGCGUGUAUGAGGUGUUUGGAAGAGAGUGCUCUCUUUCAACAGGAGAUUUGCUGAAAAUCAUUGAUAUCACCAUCACCAGAUUCAGUGCUCGGACCCCCAGCAACACUGAGAUUGAGAUUCCUGUGGAAUACCCAGGAUUGUUCAAGCUAGUGGCUGACAGUCAGCCGUACCAAAGCAUACAAGAGAUAGCUGACUCAGUGAAGAUCAGCUCCCACAGACUGUCCCAGCCGGUAUUCCUCAGCGGUUCGGAGAUUGAGCCGGCGCAGGGCGUCAUACGGGAGGGAGACAGCUUCAGAAUCACUGCCGUCACCCGUGAGCUCAGCGGUGGACGUGUGCGGUGUGAGCUGCUGCACAGAGAGCCCAAGAUCUGCUUCAGCCUGAGCUUCUCCCAGCAAGGCCACUUCACAGAGUGCCAGGACGACCAGUUCUACACCCUGAGAGAGAUAGCGGAGUGGAAAAUCUCCAAAGGCAGAAAGAGGACUGUAACCGAGGUCAAAACUCUGCCCAAAAAGGACUUCUUAUUCUCAAAUUUGCUGGAGAAUGUACUUGGAGAGCUGAAGCUGACUCCUGUGUAUGAACUGAAGGCUGUUACACGACUCAGUGAGAAAAUUCUGCUCAUCCCAUCAAAUUUGGACGUGGAGGUGGUGGACGUCACUGAGCAGUUUGAUUGUGACUCCUUUGUGCAGCCUCUCUCUCUUACGGACGUUUUCAAGAGUCCUACAGAGUUUUUUCCUGUGGUGGCCAAGUUGUCAUGUGAAAGACCUUUCAAUCUUUCUCCAGAGCUGGAAACACUUUUCAAAACCAAUCAGGUGAUCAUUCAUCAUGCUUUCUAUGCAAAACGAAUACUGGCCUCGGAAAUGGGUCGUGAAUCAACGAGACACUUUCUUAUUCCGGAGUCCUACAACGGACGCCUCAAGCGGCGGCCGCGCCAGUUCCCCACCGCCUACGAUCUGGAGCGAGCGCGCAGUGAAACCGAGCAGAUACGCGUGGUGGCCACCAGGGAGUUUGAGUCUGUUUACAACGGGCUAGCUUCCGUAAGCGCUGGAGAUGAGUUUAUAGUGACCAAAGGCAAAAGCUGUGCGCUUUCACACAAUGGAACCAAGAGGGCAGCCGAUGCUUUUCAAUGUCUGAAAGUCACAGGGACAGAGGCGAAGGAGCUUGUGUGCCUCCCCAUGUGUUUGGAGGGGGGAUUCAUGGAGCUGGUUAAAGACAAGCGUCAAUACACCAUUGCGGAAAUAUGCCGAUGGUUCCCGCUGCCCUUCAAUGUCAAAGUGUCUGUGCGAGACCUCUCUUUGAAGCUGGACGUUUUGGCUGGCGUGCCCGGUCUGCACAUUGAGGAGGAGAUCUCUGACCCUUGCCUCCUCAUUUCAAACUCUGAGCUGUCAGAGAUCAGGGAGGUGCCAGUCAAUCGCACAGACUUGAUCCUCAACAUAAAGCAGCACUGGGAUGGCCAGAGUCCAGUAUGUAGUGGGAAAUCAGUCAUAGAGGAGAUCUCAGAGGACUGUUACUACACACUCAGGAGGUACGCCGUUUCUACCAUCACACCCCCUCCACGACCUCCCAAAAAACCCAAAGACCCUCCACCUCGACCUCCCAAGAUUCUGUCGUCCAGAUCUGAGAGCGCAAACAGUGAAAGCUCCAGCUGCUCUCCACAGAGUCUUUGUGUUGAACCUUUUAAGCAAGAUGACUUCAUUCAAUGCAGUGAUUCAAAAAAUGGAAAUGACAAAAAGAUUCCCAUUAGUCCAGUCACUUUGCCAAGACCUACCCUGCAGAAGAAAGAUCUUGCCAAGGGCCAAAGUCUGGACAACAUAUCCAUCACAAAACAUGAAGAUGAUGACGAUGAGGUGCAUGAUUAUGAAUAUAUCGAUGAAGAUCAGCUUGACAGCAUAAGGAGGACAUAACAUUAACAUUAACACAGGCAAAGGAAAACCAAUAUAAGUAUACUAUGAAGUUCACUAUGGCUGUGUUCCAAAACCGCUUACUUUAAUUUCACAUGAUGAGACUGACAUGGCCAAAGUCUAUUUAAUAAUGACUGUAAGUCUGAUGGAAUGCAAAUAAUUUAUUAGGUCCUUAUUAGUCCUGUAGGAGAGCAGAUAUGACAUGUCAGUCUUCACAGAAGUGAAGUGAAAAAUUCAGAUAUUGUAUAUUAAAUUCCAUACAAUAUCAUGAAUAUGUUUUGAAAAAUCACAUAGAACCCAUUCAGGCUGUAGAUGAGAGAUAUUAAUAAAUCAUACAGAAAACAUACUUUUUAAAAGGAGGUUCUAGUGUCUGGAUCACAACCUGCUCUUACUCACAAAGCGUCCAGUGCUGCCGCAUGUCCGAGCGAAUGCACGCCACUGUACAGAUGCCAAAAGCUUCACUUAGCGGCUGUUUACCGAUGCAUCCAAGGCUGUGUUGUUUUAACCUGCUGUCACACUGGUGUGCAAGCCGAAUAGUGUUACUGUAUUACAAUUGUCCUUGUUAUAGUGUAGUUAUACAUUUAAGUACUAAGGAAUAUUAAUUAACUAUAUGUACUUAC